UUUGCUCCUACCACACCCAGGAUCCUUCCAUGACCGAAUUGAGCAAGAAGGAGACUUUUUGACUCUGGGCUUCUCCCCAUUUCUCCACGAGCAGCUGGUGACCGACAGCUCUCCUGCUCGUGCCACGAUGGCCACGCCGGACGUCAGUGUCCACAUGGAGGAGGUGGUGGUGGUGACCACGCCGGACGGCGCCGUGGAUGGCAGUGGCAUGGAGGAGGUGAAGACAGUGCUGGUCACCACCAACCUGUCCCAGCAUGGCGGUGACAUCAACGAAGACACUCUGGAGACUGAAAAUGCAGCUGCUGCAGCUGCUGCUGCCUUCACAGCCUCCACAGACCUGAAGGAAGCAGUUCUAGAAGUGAAGAUGGCUGAAGAUGAGGACAGUUUGGAGGCAGAGAUUGUCUACCCCAUCACCUGCGGGGACAGCAAAGCCAACCUCAUCUGGAGGAAGUUUGUGUGCCCUGGGAUCAAUGUGAAGUGUGUGCAGUUUCAUGAUCACCUAAUCAGCCCCAAGGAGUUUGUCCACCUGGCAGGGAAGUCGACCUUGAAGGAUUGGAAGCGGGCGAUCCGGAUGAACGGGAUCAUGCUCCGGAAGAUUAUGGACUCAGGAGAGCUGGAUUUCUACCAGCACACAAAGGUCUGUUCCAACACCUGCCGGAGCACCAAAAUUGACCUGACUGGAGCCAGGGUGUCCCUGACCAGCCAGACAUCGACAGAGUACAUCCCCCUGACUCCUGCCUCUGCUGAUGUGAACGGAUCCCCGGCUACAAUAACCAUAGAAACAUGCGAGGAUGCCAGCGAUUGGAGCACCAGCAUUGGAGAUGACACCUUUGCUUUUUGGCAAGGUCUUAAGGACAGUGGUCUCCUGGAAGAAGUGAUCCAUGAGUUCCACCAGGAGCUGGUGGAGACCAUGAAGGGCUUGCAGCAGCGAGCACAGGAUCCCCCACUGCAGCUUGGGGAUGCUGUUUUACUCAACAACAUAGUCCAGAACUUUGGGAUGCUGGAUCUGGUCAAGAAGGUCCUGGCCAGCCACAAGUGCCAGAUGGAUCGCUCGAGGGAGCAGUACACACGGGAUUUGGCAGCUCUGGAGCAGCAGUGUGACGAGCACCGCAAGCGAGCGAAGGAACUGAAGCACAAAUCGCAGCAUCUCAACAACGUCCUGAUGACCCUCACACCCGUCUCUGUUCCCACGCCUCUGAAACGCCCCAGGCUGACCAGGGCCACCUCCGGACCAGCAGCCAUCACCUCCCAAGUCCUGUCCCAGCCAGCGCAGCUUGCUGUCACCCCUGGCGUGCCAGUGUCCCAGAUUGCCAAUCUCCCUGUCGGCAAAGUGGUCUCGGCUCUCCCUCCUUCGGUGCUGGGGAAGAGCCCAGCCCAGCCCCCUGCUGCGAGCUCCCCAGCCUCCCCUCUGCUGGGGGGGUACACGGUGCUGGCCUCUGCCGGCUCCACCUUCCCCAGCACGGUGGAAAUCCACCCGGACGCUUCCAACCUGACAGUGCUGAGCACGGCUGCGGUCCAGGACGGCAGCACUGUGGUGAAGGUGGUGAGCCCCUUCCAGCUCCUGACGCUUCCAGGACUUGGCACGACCAUCCAGAAUGUGACACAAAUAGCUCCCAGUGGGAGCACGGUUGUGACUGUCCCGUCCGGUGCCACCGAGGCUGCCGGGGAUGAGCACGCUGCCGCCGCCAUCGAGGUGACCGCAGUGGCUGAUGAGGCAGAGCAGAAGUGAGAGGGGGGACUUGCCUGGAGGGACGCUGGCCGUGCCACUCUGGGGGGAACUGCCUCUUCUCUGGCUGCGCUGUGGGACGAGAAGCAGUGUCAUGAGGGGCACGGGCUAACAAGACUCAGAGCAGCUCGUGUUGGAAGCAAGGAGGUUCAGGUCAGAGGGA